GUGUGCGUGCGUCGCAGUGUUGGUGCGUAGCCUGUGUGUGUAUUUGUGUAUUGCCAUUAACUAAUAAACAAUAACCUUCGGGCCACGAAAGCUACGAAAUCAUCGGCACUGCUGUUCUGUUCUGUUCCAUGUGAACCAGCUGAAAGAGCAGGCCAAAGACUAAAAUAAAACGCUUCCGCCCCGCGAGAGGAGCGCCCAGCGGCGAUCCAUAGAUCCACAUCCAUAAUAUCCAUCCACACACACAAUGGCGGACGUGAGCGAUCCCAGCGAGCUCUUCGACUUGGAGCUCCACGAUUUGGAGCUGCAGGAUGACAAGGCCCGGGACUCCGAUGACGACAGGAUCGAGCUGGACGACGUUGACCUAGAACCGGAAUUGUGUAUUAAUCUGCACCAAGACACCGAGGGCCAGGAGACCAUACAGCUCUGCGAGGAGAAUGUCAAUCCGGGCAAAAUCAAGCUGGGACCCAAGGACUUUGAGCUCAAGAAGGUCCUCGGCAAGGGUGGCUACGGCAAAGUAUUUCAGGUGCGCAAGACCGCUGGACGAGAUGCCAACAAAUAUUUUGCCAUGAAGGUGCUCAAAAAGGCAUCCAUAGUGACCAAUCAAAAGGACACAGCGCACACUCGCGCCGAGCGCAAUAUACUCGAGGCAGUCAAGCAUCCCUUCAUAGUGGAGCUGGUCUAUGCCUUCCAGACGGACGGAAAACUAUACCUUAUACUUGAAUAUCUGAGCGGCGGCGAGCUGUUUAUGCAUUUGGAACGCGAGGGCAUCUUCUUGGAGGACACCACAUGCUUCUAUCUAAGCGAAAUCAUUUUGGCCUUGGGCCAUCUACACAAACUGGGCAUCAUCUAUCGCGAUCUGAAGCCCGAGAACAUAUUGCUCGAUGCACAGGGACACGUGAAGCUCACCGAUUUUGGACUGUGCAAGGAGCACAUACAAGAGGGUAUUGUCACCCACACCUUCUGCGGCACAAUUGAGUACAUGGCACCUGAAAUCUUGACCAGAAGUGGCCAUGGCAAAGCAGUCGACUGGUGGUCACUGGGCGCUCUAAUGUUCGACAUGCUCACAGGAGUCCCACCCUUCACCGCCGAGAAUCGCAAGAAGACCAUCGAGACCAUUCUGAAAGCCAAGCUCAAUCUGCCAGCCUACCUCACACCCGAAGCCAGGGAUCUGGUGCGUCGCCUGAUGAAGCGGCAGGAGCCUCAGCGUCUCGGCAGCGGUCCCGAGGAUGCGGCGGCUGUCCAAAUACACCCAUUCUUCAAGCACGUCAACUGGGACGAUGUGCUCGCCAGACGCCUCGAACCGCCUAUAAAACCUCUCUUGAGAAGCGAGGACGAUGUCUCACAGUUCGAUACGAGAUUCACAAGACAAAUUCCAGUGGAUUCACCGGAUGAUACGACGCUUAGCGAAAGUGCCAAUUUAAUUUUCCAAGGUUUCACAUACGUAGCGCCCUCGAUACUGGAGGACAUGCAUCGGGCCAACCGGAUGCCGGCACGCUCUCCUCGACGUGCUCCCCGCCAGCUGCCGGACAGCAGCUUCCGGCUACAGUUCCCAUCGGCCAAUGUCGGGGCCAAUGCCCCCAUGGCCAUGCACGGUCAUCCGCAGCGAUCUGGGAUGUUUGCACGGGCCACGCCGCCGCAUCAUAUGCAGACCUUCGCGCCACGCCCCUCGCCGGCGCAGGACGAGAUGAUGGACGUGCAGCAGGGUCUGCCGAUGGUGUAAAAGCCUGGAGCGGUCGCUCCGCAACGAACCCAUCCCAUCCCGUCCCAUCCCACCCGCAAGAGCAUCCCAACACAAAGCCCGCUUCCUACCCCUAAAAACAAAACAAAACAAACAACAGAAAUUGACAGUUACUAUUAUGACGUAUGUGGAGUGUGGACUUGGUUAAGGAUACGGAUACGGAAGGAGCAGGACGAUCGGCAGGAGGAGAUGGCAGAGCAGCAGGAGGAGGAAGAGGAGGAGGAGCACAUGACCUCAGUGUGCACAGUUGUUUUUGUUAAAGAGAAGCGCGCACGGAUCGUGCUGUUGGAUGAUUAAGAUUAUGAUAAUGAUGGAGAUGAUUGUGCUACGCCAGGAAGAGCGUUCGUUUUUGGAUACACCUAGAUACUACAGUUAGAGACAUCCACAUAAACAUAUGCUAUAGCAAUUACUAUAUACACCUAGAGCGAUGGUAGCCGACCCGUGUCCCC